CGUAUGUCCUCCGCGUACAUACUCCGUAUCUCCACUGUUUUCUUGUCGGUGGGUCACCGUGGCAUCCGGGCUUUUAAGUCUUGAAAGUCAAUGUCUCCCUCAGCCAUGUCAAAUAUCUUUAAUGUUCCAAACCAUCGUAGUUGGUCGUGGAAUUUUAAAGUCUUCGCUCCCCUCCUGCCCGCUCGAAUAUCCUAAAUUCUUCGCGGGAAGUUGAUAUCUCAUGAUGGUUUCAGACCAGAACAAGUCAAAUAGUCUUUCUCUCGAAGAACAGAUUGUCUCUCUCACACAGGCGGUGCAAUCGAAUAGAGAAUUCCUUGAUGAUGCUACCCGAUUUAGGACUCUCAAAGCAGCACGAGGCCUCCUGGACGCUCUCGGCUCUCCACCAGAGACUGUGAUGCAAGAUGUGGUCCUAAACCCCGUUUUGCUUAUGGCCCUUCGCAUGGGUGUGCAGCUUGGUGUAUUCCAGAUCAUCCGCGACCAUCAAGGGGAGGGGGCAACUACUGAGCAAAUCGCGGACCAGUCAGGUGCAAGUAUUAUCGUUGUCGAUCAAAUCCUAAAGUUGCUGGCCGCCGCGGGAUAUGUGUCAGAGGUAGGGGUCCAAGCCUACAAGCCCUCCCCUCUCACCAUGGUGAUGUCGGAUGGGACUCUUGAAGCGACAACUAGAGCAUGUUUCGAUAUUGGAAACUAUUGCACUACCUAUGCCCCAGAGUACUUCCGCCGGAACAACAAUCAGUUCCCAACAUCAGCAGAAGAUACUCCCUUCCAGCUAGCAAAGAACACUCCCCUCAGUUACUUCGCGUGGUUGGGAGAGAACCCAUCCCUAGCUAAGGACUUCCAGCAAUGGAUGGCACUCAAGCAGCAAGCAGCCCCAAACUGGGUGGACUGGUUUGAUAUUCAAGGAAACCUCCUCGAUGGCUUUCGCAACCAGCCAGAUGAUGUCUUGCUUGUGGAUGUGGGUGGCGGUGAAGGAAACUAUCUCCGCGCAUUCAAUGACAAAUUUCCUGAUGCCCUGGGCCGUCGUAUUUUGCAAGACUUACCGCAAGUAAUUUCUACCAUUAACAACACCCCAAAAGGUACUGAGUUGAUGGCGCAUGAUUUCUUUACCGCUCAACCAGUGAAAGGCGCGCGAGCAUACUAUAUGCAUUGGAUCCUGCAUGACUGGCAAGACGAGCAAGCUCAAAAUAUCCUCAGCCAUAUCGUUGAUGCCAUGGAGCCAGGUUAUUCUAAAUUAAUCAUCAAUGACCAGAUCAUCCCUGAUCGGGAUUGCGACUUCGCCACCGCUUGUAUCAGCAUCAUGAUGAUGCUCCAGGUAGGUGCUUUCGAACGCACCGAGAAGCAGUGGCGUGCUCUUCUUACGUCCGUUGGCUUGAAGGAUGUCUCCUUCUACCAACCACCGGGCAAUGGGGAGGGCAUCAUUGUUGCCACCAAGGCGUGAUCUGUUAUUGCAUUUUUCUCCUUAACUGUAUACUGGCCCAACAGGGAUCGAGAUUUGGCUUUUACAGCAGACACUACUCCGUAUAUGGCCUUAAUAUUUUCAAGAAUACAGUCCGUACGGGU